AUGCUGCUGGAGGAACAGCGCUAUAUUGCCGAGGACCUCGAGCGCCUCGAGCAAGGCGUCGCAGAUCGCAUUGGCGAGGAGCCCAAGGUGGUACGUGGUAGUCCUCUUCCCGCCCCAAAUUCAUGGACACAGCUGAUCAAGGCCCCCACGAAACAGAUCCGCGAUCGCCUGAACCGAGACCAUGAGGUAUCUCAGCUCCUUGACCAGAUACAGAAGCAAUCCGCAGAGAUGUUGUCUUUGUAUCGUGAUGCUAAUGGCCUCCGAUCCAAAGAGGUCCUGCAGAUUGGCAGCGGUGACCCCUUCGAAGAGUUCUACAAACAGGUGAACGACGUCAGGGAGCAUCACGCACGAUAUCCCAACGAGCAGGCUGAGAAUUCCGAGAUCCGAUAUCGUCAGCGCAAGACAGGAGACAGCGAGCCCCUCCCCUCCCUUGUCGAUUCCAUGUUCUCUGGCGAGGAGGCCUACGGACGAUACUUCGACCUACACGCGUGCCACGAGGCAUACAUCAAUCUACCCAACGUCAAGCGUCUCGGUUACCUGCAAUACCUUCAGAUAUUCGACAACUUUGCACCGGGCCAUGGCGGUGUCAAGAGGGCAGACAAAUUGACGGAUCAAUACUUCAAGUACGUUGGAGGGCUGGCAGAAUACUUGGAAACUUUCAUGCGCCGUACACGGCCGUUGGAAAACGUGAGCAAGGUACUUGAAUCCUUCGACAAAGAAUUCGAAGCGGCGUGGGAGAAAGAUGAGGUAGAGGGCUGGGCAAACGAGUCAGGUGCUUCCACAUCAUCAGCAAAGGAAUUAAGCACUGCUGAUGCUGUGUGGUGCGACGCCUGUGAGAAGGAGUUCAAAAACGAGAAUGUCUAUAAAGGGCAUUUGAACGGCCGAAAGCAUGUCAAAGCAGCAGAGGCUCUAGCACAGAGACAGCAAGGUUCCACAGAUACUGCAGCACCUUCUGGGAGACUCUCUGCGACAAGAAUGAAGGAGCGUGCCGUCGCGGAGCGGGAAUUCAGAGUGAAGCGCCUAGCCAGCGCAAUGAGCACUGAGCGAGAAGACACUCGGGUAAAUGUGGAGCGGCGGCAAGGAAUGACGGAGAGGGAAAGGCAACAAGAACUCGACAAUCUGUUCAGCAUGGCGGAGCAGCCACAGCAGAUCGACGACACGGCUGACGCCGAGGGCGAGGACGGUGAAGAAAAGAUAUACAAUCCUCUGAAGUUGCCGUUGGCCUGGGACGGCAAACCGAUCCCAUUCUGGCUGUACCGUCUACAUGGCUUGGGGGUGGAAUUCCCUUGCGAGAUCUGCGGAAACUUCGUCUACAUGGGUCGUCGUGCCUUCGAGAAGCAUUUCAACGAGGCAAGACAUAUUUAUGGGUUGAAACGGCUUGGUAUCAACGACACUCAUCUUUUCCGAGAUAUCACAGGAAUCGAGGAAGCGCUGAAGCUUUGGGACAAGAGGCAGCGUGACAAGAAAGGGAACAAGAUCGAGGAUGGCAGCAUCGUCCAAAUGGAAGAUGCUGAAGGUAACGUCAUGCCGGAGAAGGUGUAUUAUGAUCUGCAAAAGCAAGGUCUGCUCUGA